GACAACCUUGAACAGCGGCAAACAGCAAAAGAAUCAAGCUAUACAUAUACAAUGCAGGCGCCAGUGGUUUAUAUGAACACGUCCACUGAAAGACAGACCGGUCGUGAAGCCCAGAUAUCAAACAUCACAGCCGCCAAGGCCGUCGCUGAUAUUAUCAGAACGUGUCUUGGACCCAAGGCCAUGUUGAAGAUGUUACUUGAUCCUAUGGGAGGGAUAGUAUUGACUAACGAUGGACACGCCAUUUUAAGAGAAAUUGAUGUGUCUCAUCCAGCUGCCAAAAGUAUGAUUGAAUUAAGCAGAACUCAGGACGAGGAAGUUGGAGAUGGUACCACCACUGUUAUCAUUCUUGCUGGAGAAAUUUUGGCCCAAACCUUUCCUUACAUCGAGAAGAAGAUCCACCCGGUGGUGAUCAUCCAGGCAUUGAAGCAAGCCUUGACUGACGCUUUGGAAAUCAUUCAUGAGGUGUCUGUUCCUGUGGAUAUUCAUAAUGACUCUGCCAUGAUUAAGUUAAUUAAAGCCAGUAUUGGUACAAAGUAUAUUAGCAAAUGGUCUCAGAAGAUGUGUGAGUUAUCUCUCAAGGCCGUCAAGACUGUAUACAUCGAGCAAGGUGACUACAAGGAAAUCGACACCAAGAGAUACGUGAGAAUCGAAAAGAUUCCUGGCGGUGAGGUUGAAGACUCCGAGGUGUUGGACGGAAUAUUAUUGAAUAAAGACGUGACGCAUCCUAAGAUGAGAAGAUUCAUUGAGAAUCCCCGGAUAGUGUUAUUGGAUUGUCCUUUGGAAUACAAGAAGGGAGAAUCUCAGACCAAUAUUGAAAUCACCAAGGAAGAGGAAUGGAACCGGAUCUUACAAAUUGAAGAAGAACAAAUCAAGAUAUUGUGUGAACAAUUAUUGGAGUUCAAGCCCGACUUGGUGAUCACAGAAAAGGGUGUCAGUGACUUGGCCCAACACUACUUGUUAAAGGGGGGAGUCUCAGCAUUGAGAAGAGUCAAGAAGUCUGAUAACAAUAGAAUUGCCAGAGCCACCGGUGCUACUAUCGUCAACCGAAUCGAAGACUUGAAAGAAUCUGACAUCGGUACAAGAUGUGGUGAAUUCCGUGUGGAUUUGAUUGGUGAUGAAUACUUUACUUUCCUUACCAAGUGUGAAGAUCCCCAAGCCUGUACGAUUUUGUUGAGAGGAGCUUCAAAGGAUAUCUUAAAUGAAAUUGAAAGAAACUUACACGAUGCCAUGGCAGUCACCCGUAACGUGAUGUUCGAGCCUUCAUUAUCACCUGGAGGAGGAGCCACUGAAAUGGCAGUUUCUGUCAAGUUGGCCGAAAAGGCCAAAUCCAUCGAAGGUGUUGCCCAAUGGCCAUACCAGGCAGUUGCCGAUGCUUUCGAGGUGAUUCCAAGAACGUUGAUUCAGAACUGUGGAGGACACCCAAUAAGGAUCUUGUCUCAGUUAAGAGCCAAACACUCCAGUGGAAACCAUACGUUUGGUAUUGAUGGAGAAGCUGGUAAGGUGGUGGACAUGAACGAGUACGGGAUCUGGGAACCCGAGGUGAUCAAGCACCAAUCGAUUAAGACCGCCAUUGAAAGCGCGUGUCUUUUGUUGAGAGUCGAUGACAUUGUCAGCGGAGUCCGCCAACAAGAGUAGGUAUAUAGUAUACUUUGUAAGAAGUAAGAAUACAUGAAGAGCAUUCGCUCUGCUCAUUUAUCAUUC